GAACUGGUCAGUACUUAACGCUAAAGGGAUCGAGACCGUACUGAAUUGGUCAGUACUCAACGUCAAACAGGAUCGAGACCGUACUGAAUUGGUCAGUACUCAACGUCAAACAGGAAAGACCGUACUGAACUGGUCAGUACUGAACGUUCGUCCAGAAGAAACUGUGGUGAAUUGGCCGCACGCAACGUUGUUGAAAAUACACUUUUCUUUGGAACAAUGCAAACGAGAUCAGGGAAGCAAAUUUCGGAGCAGCAGUCGGAGAGUCGGCAAGCCCCCAUUUUUAUAAAUGAUCAUGUUGAUAAUCUUUCGUGCCCCGGCUCUCAUGUCAGUAGUUCGAAAUCAUCAUUAUCGCGAAUAACUAGUGCUCAGUCGUCACUUCUAAGGGCGCAGCUAAAAGAGAAACAGCUUCGACAGGAAUUAGAGUUAGAGAAAAAGUUGCUAAAGGCUAGACAUGAUGUCGAAAUGGCCGAGCUGCAUGUGAAGUUAGCCACGGACGACGAACGGAACAUUGAGGAAUAUGAAAGAGGCAGUGUCAUUGAUAACCGGGAGCAGCUAGAACGAUAUGUGAAAGAUUGUGCCGCAAUGGCUGGCGGGGACGCUCCUGUUACGGUCAGGAAGAGCGCGGUCGUAGAGAAACUUGACAUGCCUAAGGUUGAAAGCGGGGACGCUCCUGUUACGGUCAGGAAGAGCGCGGUCGUAGAGAAACUUGACAUGCCUAAGGUUGAAAUGUCCUAUUUUGAUGGUAACGGUACUGACUACUUGAGAUUUACCAAGGAAUUCGAGUAUUAUGUCGAGAAUAGAGUAAAGGACCCUGGUCAAAGAAUGUUAUAUCUGUUGCACUAUUGUAAAGGUAGAGCUAAAGCAGCCAUACAGGAAUGUGUGAUCUUGCGUCCUGAGAGUGCGUAUGCGCGAGCUAAGGGUAUCUUACAGGAUCUGUUUGGGGAGAUCCACGUCAUCGCACGAAACCGUAUUGAAGACAUGAUUAGAAGCCUACGACCUGUGGCAGAAGAUGGAGAAUCUCUAUCCCGUCUAUCAAUACAGCUUCAGAAUUGCCUGAUUGCCCUAACUGAAAUGAACUAUUUGUCGGACUUAAAUUCCGUAACAACUCUCGAGAGAAUAGUACGCAUACUGCCGAUAGCAGUUCGAAGGAAUUGGGCCCGACUAGCAGACGCAAAGAAUCAAGAAGGGCAAGAGCCAUCUUUUCAGGAUCUUUGCCAGUUUGUUUCUACAGAGGCAAGAGUGGCACGAAGCCGAUACGGACACCUCGUUUCAGAGGGCUUUAACCGUCCGAACGCCCAAGUUUCACUAAAUAGACAGGGUCGUCGUGAGGGCACAUCAUUCGCAAUACAGGGAGAAAGGACCCCUGCACCCAAGCGACUGUGUAUCCUCUGUAGGUCUGACCAUGCUACUGCUUCAUGUCAGAAGUUCGUUGGAUUAGAUGUGCGAGACAGAUGGAGCUGCGUCCGCCGCCAAAGAGCAUGCUUUUUGUGCCUAGAGGUCGGACAUCGUAUCGAUCAUUGCGUAUCGGGUAUAAAGUGUUCCAGAGCUCAUUGCAGUGGUAAACAUCACCCACUGCUACAUGUUGAACCGAUCGUAAACCAAGUGGCAGAGCAGGCGACAUGUGCUGCUACUAUGCAUUAUGGAACAGCAGUUAUGCUAGGUGUGAUCCCCGUCAAGGUGCGGGCCCGCGGUAAGGAAAUAUAUACUUAUGCAUUUCUGGAUAACGGCUCCGACGUUACCUUAGUUACGAAGGAUCUAUUGAGCAGCUUAGGCCUAGAGGGCACACCAGCGUCUAUGACCUUGACAACAAUCAAUGGUGCGAGUCAGGUCCAGGGCAACAUGUGCGAACUAGAAGUCGCAUCAAUGGAUGAAAAUGAAGUGAUAAGACUUGACAGAGUGUUCGCGUUGCCAUCCCUGCCGGUCAAUGCACCCUCACUAUCGAUAUCACGAGAGGCCCGUCGCUGGCCACAUCUCCAGGAAUUGCCAUUCCGCGAACUUGAUGAUAAAAGGGUCACAAUGCUCAUAGGCUGCGAUGUUCCCGAGGCGCAUUGGGUCCUCGAUCAACGGUUGGGUAGUCGCAAACAACCUUACGCAAUAAAGACAUUGCUCGGUUGGGUCUUGCUAGGGCCACUUCAUCGAAAUACGAAAAGAGGCACUGUCAACUACGCUCGAAUCAGUGAAGAGAGUAUCAAAGACGACAUCAGAAGGUUAUAUGAAGCUGAGUUUAAGGAUACUGAAGAAAAUGAACACUCAUUUUCUAUCGAGGAUCGUAAGGCAAUCGAGUUGGUUACUCGAAGCACCGUCUUAGAAAAGGGGCAUUACAUCAUUCCCUUGCCAUGGAAAGAUCCAGCAAAGGUAAUGGACAAUAAUUAUGUAGUCGCCAUAAAUCGGUUACUCAGUCUGAAACGGAGGUUAUCGCGUGACAAGAACCUUUUAGCACGAUAUGUGGAUGGGAUGAAUACGAUGUUAAAAAAUGGUUAUGCCGUUCCAGUACCCCCAGAGCAAUUAGCAGCCAGCUAUCGCCCGAGGUGGUAUCUUCCACAUCAUCCCGUAAUGAAUCCGAAAAGGCCAGAUAAACUGAGAAUAGUUCUAGAUUGCGCCGCAACCUUUAGAGGUUAUUCUUUGAAUGAUAAGCUAUAUCAAGGACCUGAUACGAUUGCCGAGCUUGUUGGUGUUCUGUUGCGCUUUCGAGAAAAGCCUAUUGCUGUAGUCGCGGACAUAGCUGAUAUGUUUAUGCAAGUGAAGGUGCCAGUAGACGAUCGAGGGGCAUUACGAUUUCUGUGGUGGAAAAAUGGUCGUCUGGACGAAGAGCCGCAGGAGUUUCAGAUGACAGCGCAUCCAUUCGGGGCAACUUCAUCACCCUUCUGCGCGAACUUUGCGUUGAGAAAAGCAGUAGAGGACUUUGGUUGCUUAUAUCCGAAAACAGUAAGAGAUAUAGUACGACACAACUUUUACGUCGACGACUGCUUGGCAUGCUUUGAGGAUGUUGAGGCAGCCAGUAGGUUUAUCACUGACGUAAGUGAUCUGCUAAGUCGAGCAGGUUUCCGACUGCAUAAAUGGAUUGCUAACCGGGAAGAAGUAUUAAAAUCGGUAACGCCAAAGGAGUCUACCCCGACGUCUCGACUCAUCAAUGGAGACGCAGUGAAGGUAGAACGUACGUUGGGUUUAGAAUGGAACUCGGAGGUAGAUUGCUUUGUUUUCCCCUUCAAAAUCCCGCAAAAACCUAUCACGAGGCGUGGCAUUCUAUCAGCAGUAUCUUCUAUCUUUGACCCACUUGGGAUACUGUCGCCACUGUUGCUUCCGGCAAAGUUGAUGUUACAAUCACUCUGCAAACAAAAUAUGGGAUGGGAUCAGUCAUUGUCCCCACAAAACGAGGAAGCCUGGCAGAGUUGGAUAGGCGCCGUGGAGAGAAUAGUGGCUUUGAGAAUUCCUAGAUGUAUUGGACCUAGUUUCGACUCUGAAAACUGCACCCAACAGUUACAUAUACUAUGUGAUGCGUCAGAAGUAGGGUACGGAGCGGCUGCGUAUGUGCGAGUACAAUCGAGUCACAACAAGGUUUAUUGCAAUUUACUCUUUGCCAAGGCUAGAGUCGCCCCGCUGAAGGCCGUAACCAUUCCACGCUUAGAACUAGUAGCGGCAGUGUUGGCAAUCAGGCUGUACGAGAUUAUACGUCGUAAUACAACCGUGAAAUUUAAAUCCGUAUGUUUCUGGACGGACUCAAUGACAGUAUUAUAUUACAUACGUGAUACGUCCACUAGGUUCAGCACCUUCGUAGCAAACCGACUAGCCACCAUACACCGUUACUCAGAGCCCAAACAGUGGUACCAUGUACCAACCAGAGAUAAUACAGCCGAUCUAGCAUCGCGUGGCACGUUAAAACUUGAACAACUACAGCGUUGGUUGGAGGGUCCGAGAUUCCUAUCGAAAGAAGAACAUCAAUGGCCGCAUGCAGAGCUAUGCUGUACUCCUGAAACAAUAGAGUUGAAGAAACAAACAGCCGCAGUACGAAGUCUUGUUCGACCAGACUGCAUCACCAAUCUGUUGAGACGAUACUCUAAAUGGACGCUCUUAGUGAAGUCUUUUGCAUGGAUCCUUAGAUGGAAAGCCUUCCUAGUUGAAAGGUUCAGAAAAACGGGAAAGGAAGUAGCGGUAAGAGGAUUAUUGAAACUAUCAGAAAUGAGGCACGCAACUCUAGAAAUUAUACGAUCUGUUCAGAGUGAGGUCUAUUCGAACUUCGAUGAAAUAGGGACGAACAAGAACUGUAAGGGCGUUGAUUCUCUGAGAAAGCUGUGUCCGAUUGUAAAGAAUGGAGUCUUAUGUGUAGGAGGUCGUCUUUCGUACGCGGACAUUUCCAUGGCAAAUAAGCACCCAGCAAUCCUCCCUUCGAAACACAGAGUUACCGAAAUAUUGAUUCAGCAUUAUCAUACCACAGAGGGUCACUGCGGAGUGCAUCACGUUCUGGCGUCUUUGCGUCGCACCUUUUGGAUUGUUAAAGGUGUCUCCACUGUUAAACGAGUUAUUGGGCAAUGUGUCGAAUGUAAGAGGAGGUCUACGUUAACUUGUGAGCAGCUCAUGGCUCCUCUACCCAUAGCGAGAGUGCAAGAAGGAUGGUAUCCAUUCCAGUUCGUUGGAGUAGACUACUUUGGACCAUUUUUUGUUAAGCGGGGUCGAGGAAAAGAGAAGCGAUAUGGCUGCUUAUUUACGUGUCUACAGAUUCGCGCUAUACAUCUUGAGGUAGCACAUUCCUUAACGACUGAAUCAUUCAUCAUGUCGUUAUUGCGGUUUAUAGCUAGACGGGGGACCCCUACAGAUAUCUACAGUGAUAAUGGGACCAACUUUGUCGGCGCAAACAGAGAACUGAAGGAGCUAGUGAAUGGAUGGAAUCAGAAGAAGAUUAAUGAUACUCUUUUGUCCAAAGAGAUACAGUGGCACUUCCAGCCUCCAAAUGCGAGUCAUAGAGGUGGAGUGUGGGAGCGAAUGAUUAGAUCAGUGAGAGCUAUUCUUCAAGCAUUAUGCAACGAGCAGAAUCUAAGUGAUGAAACUAUAUUGACGUUUAUGGCAGAAGUAGAACGCAUAUUGAAUGAUCGGCCGCUUGUACCAUCAACAUCGGAUAGUAGAGAUAAUCUAGCUCUCACGCCAAAUCACCUACUACUGGUCUGUCGAAACAUUAGUAUGGAGACUCCAUCAGAUACUGUCCAUGUAUACAACUCCGGAUGGAAGCAGGCUAUGCAUCUAGCAGCUUCGUUUUGGCGGAGAUGGAAGCGAGAAUAUCUACCCUUACUUCAAACUAGACAGAAAUGGAUCACAAAAUCCAAAAAUCUAUCCCCGGGGGAUGUGGUGUUGAUUGCGCCAGAAUCUUCGACAAGAGACCGUUGGCCGCUAGGAGUUAUUGCGGGAUGCGAGGAAUCCGCGGACGGACUUGUCAGAACGGUUACAAUAAGAACGAGAAACGGCGAGGUGAAGCGCGAUAUACGUAAGAUAUGCCUACUAGAGGGAAGUCAUUUGUAGGAGAGCCGGGCACGAGGGUUAUUCUGUAUAACAUGAUUCAUAAAAUCCUAGUCGGAUUUUGGGGGCCGGUGUAAGAUCAAUUCUAUUCCCAUCCUUGAAUCAAGGCAACCUGUCCCGGAUCAGCCUAGCGUUGUUGCAACCCAAUUAUCUAUGCCUAACGUGUCUAUCCCCUCUUGUUUAAUGAACUGUGUAUAUGUGUUUUUACCUCGAUCCGUUUAGUCAGACAGUUGAACUCAUGGCCCAAUCAGAGUAUUUUGUGAACUGUUAAUUUUGCUGACCCAUGUCUAACUUUGUACUAUUCUGUCGAGUUUAUCUUAUUUAUUGAUUUUCAUCUGUAUUUUCCUACCUGGUUAAGUAGCCAAUUAAAUUCUAUCUUUGUGCCUAUGCUCGGUCUAUCUCUCUUAAACGCUCUCUGUUUUAUGCCAUACCUUACUUGGGUUCAUUCUUCUACUGACUGCUUACCUGAACGGUCGUGUCUGGUUCCGGCUAGUUCGCAAUUUUGGUUUUAACGUUAUUCCGCUCUGAUAGCGGUACCUUGCUUUCUGUUAAGCAUUGUGCUUUGUACUCUUGAAACCGUUAAGGUUUGUUGUAUAUAUAAUUAUUGAUUUGUUUAUUAAUAGUACCGUAGAAACAGUGACCGGCUUCUUGUUUGUUCUGGACCGGGAUAGCCUUUAUCUACGCGUGACUUAAUUUCAAGCGAUAUUGCGCUUACAGUCAGUAAUAACUAUGGUUAUAAUGAUAACAAAAUAUUGACAAUAAGGUUUACGCAGGUGGCGAUAAGAAUAACAAAGGUAGUAAUAUGUGUAUAUGUAGACAAUUCAAUAAAUAAAUAAGUUAGGUCAAAUCUUAAGUUACUUUAUAAUAAAGGUGAAGUGUACAGAGAAUCAGAGUUUAAAUAAAUAUCAUAAAUAUAAGAAAAAUCCCCAUUUAGACAUUUAGAAAACAGAAAGAUUGAGCUAAGAAAUACUUACUUUUCGAUUAGAUCCUCAUCUCUGGCUCUACUCUAAUAUAUCUUCACAACCACCCUUAUUCUACGUUCAAGAAAUAAGGAGAAACUACCUAAAUUUGCCUCUUCUGUGUGUAUCUACCAGUUUGACUACAACUGUGGAGCCAGCUACAUUGGGCGUACAAUUAGGCAGGUUCAUCACAUCGUAUUUUCAAACAUCAUCCAACAUGAUUAAGCAAGGGACAAACAAGAUCUAUUCGUAACUCUAUAUUAGCCCACCUUGUAGAUAGUGAGCAUAAGGUUGACUUUAAUACUGCAUUUAAAAUUAUUUAUCGUAUUCCUACUAAUCUUAAUUUUUCUUUACGAGUUCGUCUUCUACAUACCCUUAAAGCUGAAGCAAUAGGAAUCCAUCUGAAGAAGAAGCCGAACCUGUGUGUGUUCAGAAGAAAUUUGUGCAGCCACUUUCCUUACCUUGACCAUCGUUACAUGAAUGUAUAAACCGGAUUACUUCAUCCCCCUUCCCUAUGAACAUUUAAAAAUUAUAAAAAUUAUUGUCUAAAUUAUUUUAUUUAUUUUUUCCUGACGACUUCGUCCUUAAUUACAUGUCAUCCUUGUAAAAUUAAUUCAUUCUAACCAUUUCCAUCUUUUAAUUAUGUGUAUUAAUUAAUUCUUCGUUAAUUAUCACCGGCCGCAUUGACAUGUUGACACUGACUAAUUAUUGUUAACAAACAUAUCCGUGUCACUUGAUUCGUAAGCUGUUGUGUAUUGUAAUAAUAAAAAUGUUAUACAGAAUAUAUUAGAGUAGAGCCAGAGAGAGAUGAGAAU